AUGUACUCCUCAUUAUUCAACAUCGCGGUCUUCUCCGCCAUCUCCUGCAGCACAAUCUCUCAGGCCGCACCCAUCGUCGCAAACUUGGACGUCGCACAAUCCAUCCACGGAGUCGAGCAGCGCGCACCCUACGCGCCCAAGACAAAACUCUUCCUCGGUGCCGAAGUCGCCGUCACUGGCUCUACCAACACAAGAACCCUCCCUCAAAACCGCGACAUCGAGGACGACGUCUCCGUCUUCGACAUCACAGACGACAGCGGCGCCGAGCCCGAAAUCAAGCACAUCAUGGUCCCCAAAAACUUCCCUAGCGACGCCACCGAAGACGCCGGCACCGAGAGCGCAAGCAGCAGGAGUUCCGCGAGCACCACCGAUGGCGACGUCGAGGAAGAGGAGGAGGACGAGCAGAAGCAGCAGCAGCAGCAAGAGGUGCUAGGCAGCAUCGCCGCGUGCGGCAUCGACACGGCGGGCAGGAAUUACUGCCGCACCACCGACGGCUGGUUCGAGUACCGGUGCGAGACGGGCGAGGUCAUGUACUACAGGCACAUCCCGUACGCGGACGAGGAGGUGUGCUCGGAUGGAAGCAUCGCUUAG